GACGCGUCACUGCACCGCUCUAUUAAACUUGUACUUUCUUUGCUCAGGCCCGUACAGGAUGUUGAAGAAGCUUCACAAGACGUUGAUAGCGAAGUCCAACCAGGACAUCGUGCUGAUAGCUAACGCCUUGUUCAGACAGCGGGGCUUCAAGAUGGAAGAGGCCUUCCUGUCCUCCAACAAAGCAAACUUCCAGUGUGAGAGCAGAGCGCUGGACUUCAGCAGCCCCAACGCAGCUGCAGACGAAAUCAACCAGUGGGUCAGCAAUAAGACCAAAGGUAACAUCCCCAGCCUGAUCAAAGCAGACAUGUUGGACCCGGCUCUCACUCGACUCGUGGCUGUCAACGCAAUCUACUUCAAAGGUCUGUGGAAGUCCCGCUUCCAGCCGGAGAACACCAAGAUGAGGCCCUUCACCGGGGGGGACGGCAACAUUUCCAAAGUCCCCAUGAUGUCCCAGCUCUCCGUCUUCAGUAUGGGUUUGGCCAGCACCCCUCAGGGUCUGAAGUACAGAGUGAUCGACCUCCCGUACCACGGGAACACGAUGAGCAUGAUGAUGGUGAUUCCCUGGGAGGAGGAGACCCCUCUCUCCAGAGUCCUUCCUCACAUCAGCAUCGCCACCGUCAAGAGCUGGAGCAAACUCAUGCACAUGAAGAAGGUCCGCCUGUUCAUCCCCAGGUAA